CCUGUUCAUGUGGGUGCAGCCUGAAAUCACACAGAAACUGUAUGUUGGUUUGUGGGUGGCCUUCAUCACUUCCUGUUUGCUGCCAUAUAAACUCUUGGGCUUCAUGAUUGGUGUCUAUGCCGGCAUCAAGUUCUUCAUCAUCGACUUCAUCUUCAAAAGCUGCCCCAAACUGAGGGACAAGUAUGACACACCCUACAUUGUUUGGACCAAUUUACCCACAGACCCACAACUCAAAGAGCGUAACAAUGCCACUCUGAGCAGACGGGUGAGUGAAACUGUGUGCAUGUGCCCUCUCAUUGUUCCCAUUCGAAAAGCUU